AUGAAUGGUGAUUCUAUGGUUUUGGAUGACAUGAUCGAUGAAUUUGUUGAUAAGGCAUGUUUGACUGAUGAUGUUAACAUUAAAUUGGGGAACAAUUGUGUGGAUACUGUGAAUAUUGAUCAUUUAUUGCCAAAUGAUGAUUUGAGUCGAGUUUUGAUUGAAUCUGUGUGUGUUCUUGAAAGCUUGGUUGGAAUUGAUAUAGCUCAAACGAAUUUUAGUAUUGAUCCUAGUGGAAGUGGAACGAAUUUUAGCUCAAAUGAUUCAUUCAGUGAUGUACUGUGGAGUGAAAUUCCCAUUGAUAUGCUGACUAUUGUUGAAGAGCCUAUUGAUGUGUUAAGUCAGUUUAAAGACAGUAAUGGUGUGUAUGUCAACUGUGUGAAUGGUGGGGUUAAUCAAUCUACUAUUGGAAAGUUUGGUUUACUGGUGAGUGGUUUCAAAGGAGGAACUACAUAUUCAAAAUUGAGCUCGGACAGUGUGAAUAAAAUGUUUAAUAUUCCUGCAUGUUUAGAUUAA